AUGGACGCUUCUCAGUACCCUACCAAUGGUAUAAACACGACCUCGGCCUCAUACCCGUCGCCGCCCGCCAUCACGCCUCACCAGCUCCAGCACACCAAUUCUCCCCUCCCUCACCAGACUCUGCCGCCUCUCCAGCCGCAGACCUCCGCCGCCAUGAACCAGAUGUACGGCAGCAACCCUCACACUCCUCGCACUCCCGCGACUCCCAACACCCCGGGUUCCGCCAACAACAUGCCCGCCUACCCUCAGCAGCCUCCUCAGGCUGGACGCGGCGGUCCCUACCAGCAGAUGGGCCAGUACCCUCCCCCGCCCCAGGGCUACGGUACUCAGUCGAUGCUGCCCCAGACCACGAUGGCCUCGUCGCACCCUCAGCCCAUUGCGCCCGCGCCUAGCUCUGGUCGCGUCCCUCCCGUCCUUCGUCCCAUGCCUGCUGGUGGCGUCAUGCCCCAGCCUGGUAUGAACUCGCCCUACGGACCCGGCUCCGUUCUCCAGGGAGGUCUUGGUGAUGCCGACCAGCCUACUCACGUUGUAGGCUCCCAAGGUCGUCGCGGUAUCCUUCCCAGUGCUCCUGGUCGCCCUGCCGCCACUCCUGCUGGCCCCGGCAACGCGAAGAGCACUGUUAUCCCCGUCAAGGACGCUGACGGCAAGUUCCCUUGCCCUCACUGCACCAAGACGUACCUCCACGCCAAGCACUUGAAGCGUCACCUUCUGCGCCACACGGGUGAUCGCCCCUACAUGUGCGUUCUCUGCCGCGACACCUUCUCGCGCAGUGACAUUCUCAAGCGCCACUUCCAGAAGUGCUCCAUUCGCCGAGGCAACCCGACUGGUGCUAGCCACUUGUCUCACCCUCAGGCUCAUGUCAAGAAGAACGCUGCUGCUCAGAAGGCUGCUCUUGGUCAGGAUGGCGGACUGAACCACCUCAAUGGUCUAAGUAACAUCCCUGGGGAUGGCAUGGUUCAGCCUUUCGGUAUGAUGCCUGUGUCGGACGGAAUGGGCAACCUGGCGAACGAUCAGAGCCAGCUGUCGCGCUCCAGCAGCUUGACCAGAAUUGAUAAUGGCAGUAACCAAGACAGGCGGGGUUUGACAGGAUCUGUCAUGGAUGCUCAAGGUCGUGGUGGCCAGUUCGAGCAGGCAUACAACGGCGAUGUCCCUAGCUCCAUGACGCCCAAUAUGAAUCAACAGAUGCAAAACUACAAUAUGCCCCCGGGUCAAAAUGGAAUGUCCAUGUAUGGCGGGUCGAACUCGAACCAACAAUCGGGCCUUGAUUGGUCUCAAAUGUUCCAGGCUGGUGCGCAACAAACCUACGCAAAUACCUUCGCAACUCCUCCUAAUCUUGGACAGACGCAGAUCGCAACCAACAAAGAGCCUAGUACUGGCACCGAAAGAACAGAUGGUCUUCCUGGCCCUAACCGCCACUCCGAUUCCUUAUUUUUCUCGACCUGGGGCGUGCCGCCAUCGAUUCAGGACCCGUAUACCCAUAUCUCCAACCAAAUUCUCAACUUUUUCUAUCCCCCAGGUUCCCCGAUUACCAACGAAAGCGCCGGCUUCAAUCUCUAUUUCUCGGCUGAAAACAUUCGCGAUUUCUUGGAGAAGUACACGCACUUCCAUGUGCACUUCCCCAUCCUUCAUACACCCACGUUCCGCAUCCUGGACUCGUAUACUGGCUUACUCGCAGGCAUGUGUUGCAUGGGCGCCUGCUACUCUGAUCGUCUUUCUCCAGAUCACGUGCGCGACAUGAUGAACUUCCUUCGGGCGGCGUUGGUUCGCGACGUGCGCUUCUUAGCAAACACGGUCGGCAAGCAGCAAAAUGAAAACGCUGACAGCUCCCCGAGUAAUUCACAUCGAGACCUCGAGGAACUUCAAGCUGUUAUGCUGCUCCAAAUUUUGCUUUUGUGGAAUGGCACUCCUCAACACCGUGAAAGCGCCCGUGAGAUUUUCCCAGCCAUGGCGGAGCAGUCUCGCAAGCUCCGUCUGACAGAAGUCUCCACCACGCCGCCGCUUCUCAGUCCGCUACACCAGAACAACUUUACCCCUCAGAACUUCGACGUCUCCACAUUCGAUUGGGGUGUGUGGGUUGAACAAGAAAAGCGGAUACGCCUCAUGCACAUCAUCUUCCUCUGCAACUCCGCCAUGGAACUCUAUUUCAACGCCACCUGUCAACUUGACAGCUUCGAGAUGCGGAUACCGCUUCCCUCGGACGACGCUGCAUGGGAUGCACGGACGAAGAAGGAUUGCGAGGAUGCGCUUGGCUUGCAUGGGGAGGAUUUGGUACGACAAAAGAAUCCGAACGGAACCCAGCGCAGCAAACAGCCCGAGAUGGAUCUUGCCCUCAGGGCGUUGUUACACGGCCAGUAUGAAAUUCAACCGGGCAGCACAAACCUGUACGGCAAGUUCAUUCUGAUCCACGCCCUUCUCUCCUUGAUCCGCCGCGCUCAACUGGAUGGCAACGCUGUAAUGAAAGGUUACGCGACGCCGCCUUUGAGCGAUUGGAUGGUCAGUGGUGGAUCAGACGGGCAUGGCACGAACAGUGGCAGGGCUACGCCAGUUGAUACCGCCACGCAGGCCAUGCCUGCUCAUGUCCUCGAAUCUUUCCGGAUUGCGCUGCACAAGUUCAAGGCCAAUUGGGAUUCCGACAUGGUCAACCAAUUCCCUCCAGGCAUGGCCAAGAAUGCGAGGAGGUACGGUUUCUCCAGGGACGGAAUUCACUUUUACUGGUUGGCGAUAUACCUGUUGAAGCACACUCGGGCACCGGAUCUGCAAAUGGACUCGGAUCGUCGGUUCAUGCAGGUGAUGCAGCUUCUCAAAUCGGUAAAAACGUGGGUAAUGACGGAUGGAGCCUCACGGGGCGAGGAAUUGGGAUCGGUUGGAGAAAUCGACAAGGAAUUUGGGGCGACGAACCUGACACUCGACAUGGCACGACUUUUUAAACCUCUUUCGGCGGUGGUGGAAGACCCAGGAAUACCUUCUGUUCAGACGGAUAUCAGUACAGUGGCCGGCGGCACACACUGA